GUGACCUAAACAGUAUUGUGCUCGCCAUGGCCGAGUUUGAGACAUUGACUUGUGUGAGGUUUGUGCCUCUUACAACAGAAGAUGAUUACAUCAACAUCACUCCUGGUGAUGGCUGUUACUCAUAUCUUGGAAGAACUGGUGGAAGCCAGACAGUUUCAUUGGGUGGAGGCUGCAUCUACAGGGGGAUUAUACAACAUGAACUAGAACAUGCCCUGGGCUUCUACCAUGAGCAUGUAAGAAGUGAUCGUGACAAUUAUGUUGACAUCAAUUUCCAGUAUAUCCCUAAAGGAAAAUUGGGUAAUUUUGCUAAAGCGGACACCAAUAACCUGGGCAGUCCAUAUGAUUACGGUUCAGUGAUGCAUUAUGAUGCCUAUGCAUUCACCAACACUUCAAACAAACCCACAAUCGUCCCCAAGCCUGACCCCAAUGUGCCUAUUGGGCAGACAAUUGGACUGAGCGUCUUGGAUGUCACUAAAAUUAACCGACUUUAUCAAUGCAGUGUCUGUGCGACUUUGCUUAAUAAUAAGACAGGAAUUUUGACUUCUGACAACUAUCCCUCUGCUUAUCCUAAUAAUGGUGACUGCGUUUGGUUGAUCAGAGUUCCAUCAGGGAAGGCUUCAUUGAAGUUCAGUACCUUUAAUAUCCAAUCCACUCCUAACUGUGACUCAGACUACAUGAGGAUCUAUGACGGUCCCUCUAAGAACUCUCCUGUGUUGUUGGAUAAAAUAUGCGGAAGUCAAACCAUCCCUCCAAUCAUCGCUUCCACAAGUCAGAUGCUGGUCCAGUUUGUCAGUGACGGGGCUGUUGCUGGGGUCGGCUUCCAAGCUUCAUAUAGCUCAGUGAAGUGUGGAGGAUCCUUCUUUAACUCUCAAGGCAGCUUCACAUCUCCAGGAUACCCAGGGAACUACAGUCCAAACAUGGAUUGUAACUUCACCAUCACAGCUCCUGUUGGAAAUAAGAUUGCUCUGACCAUAAGUGACUUCCAUUUAGAGUCUUCCAUUAUGUGUAUGUAUGACUAUCUAACACUCUCCAUGGAUGGUACACAAAUGGGUCCAUUCUGUGGGGAUCGCACCAUCCCUGUGUAUUACUCCAAAGGCAACUCUAUGGUUCUCGUAUUCCACAGUGACAAGUCUACCCAGGCAAAGGGCUUCCAAGUCUCUUACACCUUCUCCCCAAAGAGUGAAGACUCCGAAGUGCCACAAGGGAUCUUCAGCAAGAUUUUGAAAGCUAAUAAAGAUAGCAAAACACCCAUGUAUGGAGGAGAUGUGCUGGUACGGAAUGAGCGCAGUGCCAUGAACUGUCCUUCUUGCCUUUGGCCUAAAAGUGAUAGUGGUAGUGUUCCUGUUCCCUACACCAUAGAUUCCCGCUACAGUGCCAGUGACCUGAACAGUAUUGUGCUCGCCAUGGCCGAGUUUGAGACAUUGACUUGUGUGAGGUUUGUGCCUCUUACAACAGAAGAUGAUUACAUCAACAUCACUCCUGGUGACGGCUGUUACUCAUAUCUUGGAAGAACUGGUGGAAGCCAGACAGUUUCAUUGGGUGGAGGCUGCAUCUACAGGGGGAUUAUACAACAUGAACUAGAACAUGCCCUGGGCUUCUACCAUGAGCAUGUAAGAAGUGAUCGUGACAAUUAUGUUGACAUCAAUUUCCAGUAUAUCCCUAAAGGAAAAUUGGGUAAUUUUGCUAAAGCGGACACCAAUAACCUGGGCAGUCCAUAUGAUUACGGUUCAGUGAUGCAUUAUGAUGGCUAUGCAUUCACCAACACUUCAAACAAACCCACAAUUGUCCCCAAGCCUGACCCCAAUGUGCCUAUUGGGCAGACAGUUGGACUGAGCGUCUUGGAUGUCACUAAAAUUAACCGACUUUAUCAAUGCAGUGUCUGUGCGACUUUGCUUAAUAAUAAGACAGGAAUUUUCACUUCCGACAACUAUCCCUCUGCUUAUCCUAAUAAUGGUGACUGCGUUUGGUUGAUCAGAGUUCCAUCAGGGAAGGCUACAUUGAAGUUCAGUAACUUUAAUAUCCAAUCCACUCCUAACUGUGACUCAGACUACAUGAGGAUCUAUGACGGUCCCUCUAAGAACUCUCCUGUGUUGUUGGAUAAAAUAUGCGGAAGUCAAACUAUCCCUCCAAUCAUCGCUUCCACAAGCCAGAUGUUGGUCCAGUUUGUCAGUGACGGGGCUGUUGCUGGGGACGGCUUCCAAGCUUCAUAUAGCUCAGUUCAGUGUGGAGGAACCUUCUUUAACUCUCAAGGCAGCUUCACAUCUCCGGGAUACCCAGGGAACUACAGUCCAAACAUGAAUUGUAACUUCACCAUCACAGCUCCUGUUGGAAAUAAGAUUGCUCUGACCAUAAGUGACUUCCAUUUAGAGUCUGCCAUUAUGUGUAUGUACGACUAUCUGACACUCUUCAUGGAUGGUACACAAAUGGGUCCAUUCUGUGGGGAUCGCACCAUCCCUGUGUAUUACUCCAAAGGCAACUCUAUGGUUCUCGUAUUCCACAGUGACAAGUCUACCCAGGCAAAGGGCUUCCAAGUCUCUUACACCUUCUUUCAAUAGAUAAGCAACAGAUGUCAAAAAACAUCUACCGGUUCUGGAAGGAAGCCGACAUCACUACAGGACACAAUGGGAAUUUGAUGGAACACGUUUAGAAAAGUUUACACAUUUGUAAACACAUAUAUAAUGAUUAAAUGUACAUUGGAUCAUGCUAGUGUUUGCAAUUACAUUUAAAAAUACAAAAUAACAAUGCAUAAUUGUU